AUGUCCAAUACAACACUUACAGGUCCAAAAGGCGUCGUUGCCAAUGAUGCAAAAACUGGACCAAAAGGAGAACCAAUGACUCCAAUCCCAUCUGCAUCUUUGAUCAUUCUAUGUCCAAUAUCUAAUACGCAAUCAGAGUAUGCUACAUUGAUGGUGCAAAGGAAAGCAACCGGGUCAUUUCGCUCGGCUACAGUAUUCCCGGGAGGUUUAUUAGAUCAAGCGGAUAUACAUGCAGUCUCUCAAACGAAUAAAUCAUCCUCUGGCAAAAAUGAUGAAUAUUUGGAAUCACUUCGAUUAUGUGCAUUACGGGAAACAUUUGAGGAAACUGGUCUUUUGCUCGUUCCAGCUGAAUCAGGUUCAUCUUCAAACUUUAGUAGAGCAGUCGGACCAUCAGAAGCAGGAAUGUCAUCCGACGAAUGGACUCAAUUACGUAAAAGUGUUCAUGAUGAUGCAAGAGCAUUCACUCAGAUUCUAAAUAGAUUUGCAUCGAGCAAGAGCAGCACAUCUUUACCUCCCCUGGCACCUUUACGACAUCAUUCAAAUUGGGUAACUCCACGUACCCUUGUUAGACCGGCAAAGCGAUUCGAUACUCAUUUCUUCUUGACUAUUUUGGACAGGGCAGAUGCAUUGGGUCAACUUACGUCUUCCAUGAGCGAGAACGGUAUUGCACAAGGAUCGCCUGCCGGGUUGACAGCAGAUGGCAGUGAAACAACAAGUUUACGAUUAGCAAAACCGGAAGAGUUGCUAUCUAUGGCAAUUCGUGAUGACAUUAUUCUAUUUCCACCGCAGUAUUACCUUUUAGCAGACGUUCAUACAUCCCUGAAAAAACGUUCACAACAACAGGGACAACAUAUACGCUUUGCACCUUUACAAUUCGGCACGGAAAAAGAACCAGAAGAAAACACAUCUUCGACGCAAGCACCAUCCAUAGAAGGCGUAAGUAGCGUUGAACCACAAGGAGUGGCACCGAGCGGGGCAAUGAUUGAUCGAAAACGAUUAUCGAUCAAAUCGAAUGCAAAGAAGACUUCUUCAGAAGAGGAAGAAGAUGACUUGUUCGUUCUGCCUCUUGUAUUACCUGGAGAUGAAUUACGUCCAACAGCAGGACAAUCUGCCACCGUACCAGAAAGCGAUGAAGCACCACGCAAUCGAGUCUAUGUCACUCCGAGAAGUCGUGGGGAAGGCGGUGGAAUGAUGGUUCAUGGUAUUCAUAGAAGAGGAAUUACUGGCUUAUACGAUCUUAGAUUUGGGAACGUUUUACCUGAUUUAGAAGGUGAAGGAACGUCAGAAGAGGAUACAUUACCUGCUCGAAAUGCAAAGCUGUAG